AUGGUACAAACAUUGCUCAAGGACGGUCUGAUUACCGACCAAGAGAAGCAUUCAGUAAUAAUGUCUCCGCCGCUCGAUCCUGAGUACCUAGUCAAGUGGGAAAAGGGUGAGCCAUCGAAUCCUCAGAAUUGGUCUACCAAAUACAAAUGGUGGGUAACUUUUCAACUCGGUCUGCUCGCUUUCUCGGGAAGUCUGGGCUCCAGCAUCAUCACGCCAGCAGAUGAUCUCAUUGCCCAGUAUACUGGCGUGAGCAAUGAGCUCGUUGUAUUGAAUGUUACAUUAUAUCUGCUUGGAUUCGCUCUCGGUCCUAUCAUCUGGGCGCCUCUCUCAGAGAUCUGGGGUCGAAGACUCAGCAUUAUCCCCGCCGUCUUCUGUCUGGCUCUAUUCUCUAUCGGCACAGGAGUGAGCCCAAAUGCGUCCUCAGUUUUCGUCACCCGAUUUUUCGCCGGGUUCUUUGGCUCAGCGCCUAUCAGCAACGUCAUGGCUGCCUUGGGGGAUAUGUGGAGCAAAGAGGCCCGAGGAACAGCAGUCAGCCUCUAUACCGUGGCCGUCAAUGGCGGCCCAGCUCUGGGCCCUGUGAUAGGCGCGGCAGUGGUGAUGGAACCCAAUCUGGGCUGGCGCUGGACGGCAUUUGUCCAUGCGAUCUGGGUCUUUUUUGUCUUCACAUUGACGUAUUUUUGUCUACCAGAAAUCUACCCGCUGGUCUUGCUCAAGUACAAAGCACAAAACCUGCGAAAAGAUAUGAAGGACAUGAGAUUCUAUCAUCCUCAUGAACAUUUGAGACUAGAUGUCAAAUCCGUCCUCACGAAACAGCUCGCGCGCCCUUUGCGAAUGCUCAUCACCGAACCGGUCGUGACCUGCUUUGGCCUUUAUGCCGCAUUUGUAUAUGGGGUCUUGUAUCUCACUCUUGAGGUAUUCCCUCGUUCAUUUCAAGAGUCUCGUGGAUGGAACCCCCUUGUCGGAUCUUUACCUUUUUUGGGAUUAUUGAUUGGUGUCAUACUGGCUUCAGGUUUGAAUGUCUUGAACCAAUACCGCUACAAUAGAGUCUCAAAGGCGGCAGGGGGAACGGUCGUACCAGAAGCCCGGCUUCCUCCCAUAGCCUUUGGAGCGGUAGUCCUCGUUGUUGGGCUGUUUUGGUUUGCUUGGACUGCUGAGCCACCCCACCAUUGGAUACUACCAUGUGUCGCGGCUGUACUUAUUGGACCUACGCUGCCAGUACAACGGCAGGGGGUUACUUUUCUUCGAAGUCUCAUGGCUGCUGGGCUCCCAUUGGCAGCCAAGCCCAUGAUCAGGGCAUUGGGAAUUGGACCUGCAGUCUCAAUUGUUGGAGCUGUGGCUGCAACAUUACUUCCGGUGCCAUUUUUGUUCAUGAAAUAUGGCCCAACGUUGCGGGGAUUAUCGAAGGGGGCAUCCGAAGAUCUAUAA